AUGGCACACACGGUAAGCUGUGAAGCCCCGGGUACGAAGGACGACAUUUCCCGGGGCCAUGCCAUUAUUCGCCAGGCAAAUACCCGCGCAGCAGAAGGCCCAGAUGUCCUCCUCAGCCUCGAGCAAGGGCUGCAGGCCAACACCACCUUCAGAGUCCCUUCAGACCUUCUGCCAGAGAGUGGAAAGCGUCCCCCCAGCCUCCCCUGUACUGGCCGUCAGUCCUACCGUACUUUCAGAAAGCUGCCCAAGCACAGCGCCUGCGCCUCAGGGACCUGCAGGAUGUGCAUGUGUUCUGGCCCUGUGGUUGGCGAGCAGUGGAGGCAUCGGCCAGAUAAGCGACUGUCAGCCGUCGGCCCUAUGUAUAAGAGGCACAUGUGGCAGGAUGAGGAAGAGACUGAGCCGCUGCCCGUAAGGAAGAAGCAGCUGCUAGAAUGGGCUUCUCUUGUUCUCAGGACUCUGCCUCCUGCCUUCGACACCCAGAUUCAAUCUGAUGAUGCCAGCGGGGCCCCCAUUCGGACUGAAGCCAUCAUGAUGGGAAGCAUGGGAUUGCCUGUUGUCAACGGAGGUGCUGGGGUGGCAAUCAUGUCCACUUUUAGGGAAAGGAUCCUACUGAUUGGCUUCAGUUCUCCAGUUCCCACCUACUACUUCGUAGGGUCAUUGCUGUUGCGCCUCCAUGGACAGAAGGCAAUUCAGAUGCCAUCUCUGUGGCUGAGUGAGUGCUGCAUGCCUGAGAUCCCUGGGGAAGCCUCUCGGACACCCAGCAGUCCACAGCGUUGCUCCCAUGGAGACAGCCGGCACAGCCUGCAGGCCAUCAGCCCAGGAAGGGAACUGGCAAAUCUUAGAGCACUAAGACAGCAGCUGAUACAGAUACUCGUCGGCCCAGGCCACACUAGCAUGCAGAGGUAUCGGGAGGGUUCCCGGCUGCGCUGGGUCCAGACACUCGAAGUGCUUCCUAAGGAAGACAUCCAUGGUUCAGCGCAGGGAUGGGCACUGCUCCCCACACUCCUCCAACGGGGCAGCUCCCUGCUCCGACCCCACCUCCCAUCUCCCCCAGCAGCUCAGCCAGCCAUCUGUGUGGCAGAUGAGCCGCACACAGAAGAAAGAAAAGCCCAGGAGUGCGCCCGCUGUGUCCAUGGAGACAAGCUGAGGCAGCCGGCUCCGAGGCACCAGGGCUCCAGGACAGCAAAGACGUCGGCUUCCUUAGUCCGCGUAACAACUAAAAAAACUAGAAAGAGCAAACUGCAGCCCACCAGGGCUGCCUUCAUCCUGACGCCUUCAGCAGUAAACAAGAUAAAACAACUUAAAGAUAAGCCUGAGCAUGUAGGUGUAAAUGUUGGUGUCCGAACCAGGGGCUGUAAUGGCCUUUUUUAUACUCUAGAAUAUACAAAGACAAAAGGAGAUUCUGAUGAAAAAGUUAUUCAGGAUGGAGUCAGAGUAUUCAUCGAAAAGAAAGCACAGUUAACACUUCUAGGAACAGAAAUGGACUAUAUUGAAGACAAAUUAUCCAGUGAGUUUGUGUUCAAUCACCCAAACAUCAAAGGAACUUGUGGCUGUGGAGAAAGCUUUAAUAUUUGAAAUCUCAGGACUCUU